CCGCUCCCGGCCCCGCUCGGCCCCGCCGAUGGCCCCCCGGGCCGCCCCGCCGCGGUUCGGGCCGCUGCAGCUGGUUCUGGCGGCGGCGGGGACGGCGGCGGCGGCGCUGGACGUGUGCGCGGACGGGUGGGUGGCCGCGGGGUACGCGCGGGGCGGGCAGCCCGGCUGGGCCGCGCUGGUGCUGGCGCUGCUGGCCGCCGCCUCGGUCGCCACCCAGGCCUGCAGUUGGCUCUGGCUCCGCUCCGACCCGCCCGCCCUGCGCCCCGACGUGCCCCCGGGGCUGCUCGCCGCCCUCCACCUCCUCCAGCUGGGCUUCCUCUUCAGGUGCCUCUAUGCUCUGAAGGUGGGCUGGAAGGUGUGCUGGGCAAAGGCAGAGGAGGAGGAGGAGCGGAGCCGCAUGGCCUUCCUCUCCCAUGACAUCAGCAUGCUGCGCCUCUUCGAGACCUUCCUGGAGAACACCCCGCAGCUCACCCUGCUCCUCUACGUCAUCCUGCGGACAAACAAGGCAGAUCCUUCCCAAGGCCUGGGGAUCUGCACCGCGUUCCUGUGUGUGACGUGGUCUCUGCUGGACUAUCACCAGUCCCUGCGCUCCUUCUUGCAGGACAAGUAUGUGCUGAGCCUGGGCUCCUCCAUUGUCUACUUCCUCUGGAACCUCUUCCUGAUCUGCCCUCGGAUCCUUGCUGUUGCCCUCUUUGCCCUGCGCUGGCCCUACGGCGUGGCUGUCCACUUCCCACUGGUGUGGCUGGCCAUGUUCCUCUGGGUCAGCCUGCAGGGCACGGACUUCAUGGAGUCACCUGGCCCCGAGCAGCUCUACCGGGCCAUGGUGGCUGUCAUCCUCUACUUCAGCUGGUUCAACGUGGCACAGGGGAGGACCCUGCACCGCAGCAUCAUCUAUCACAGCUUCAUCCUGGUGGACAGCACGCUGCUGGCCCUGUCCUGGCUCUGCGGGCCCUUCCCCUCUGAUGAGCACUCCUACCUUGUGCCCGUGGUCUCUGCUGCCCUGCCCUGCUACCUGCUGGGGCUGGCACUGAGGGUCACCUACUACCAGUGGCUGCACCCCAACGUGCGGGGGCAGCAGGAGGGCGGGUGUGACGAGGUGGAUGCCGGGCAGGGGAGCGAGGGGCGGCAGCUCCGCCCGCGCCCCGUGUCACCCCCGGUGAACCGGCGGCUGCGGUGCCUGGCCCAGGCCCAGCUCCCCUGGCCACUGGGGCAGCACCUCCUGAACGGGGUGGCUGCUGAGUCUGCUGUCUGAGGCUGGCUCCUCCACAGGGACUUGCCAGGGAGAUGGAUUUGUCUGUCGUCCUCCAGGCUCUGCCCCUUGAGGCUGUUUCGGGCAGCUGGAGGGACCUGGCAGCAGCCAGGGGUGAUGUGCACGUGCCCAUGUGGCUCCCACUGCUGUGUCCCCAGGGGUGGCCACAGUGUUCAUGGGGGGUCCAGCACAUUGAGGCUGCACUGUCCUGUCAGCUUCUUUUGUUAUUUAUUAUUAGCUUUUUAAAAAACAACUAAAAAUAAAUAAAUAUUUUUUUUUUUAACAAAACAAAACCCAAACCAAUUAAACAA